AUGAUCGGAGGGUUGAUGUCCGGAUGGGUCGCCGAUCUGUUGGGACGUAAAGGGGCAAUGUUCGCCAACAAUGUUCUGGCAGUGAUUGCAGCCAUUUUCAUGGCAUCAGCACGCUACGUGUACAUCUAUCCGUUGAUUAUGGUUGGACGUGUAAUCAUCGGUAUCAACUGCGGUAUCAGUUCGGGUCUUGUGCCGAUGUAUCUCACCGAAAUAUCACCGGUCAAUCUGAGAGGUGCGAUUGGUAGUGUCAAUCAACUGCUGGUCACAAUCGCUAUUCUCUUCUCGCAAGUCAUCGGAUUACCACAAUUGCUCGGUACUAGCCGGUUAUGGCCUCUUAUAUUUGCAUUCACUGUUGUACCAGUUCUCGUUCAAGUAUGCGUUUUGCCGUUUUGUGUGGAAUCACCAAAAUUCAACUUGAUUGUCAAGGAUCGAGUUCAGCAAGCUGAAGUGGAUUUGAAGAAAUUGAGAGCAAAAGAUGACGUUUCGGCUGAGAUGGAUUUGAUGCGUGAAGAGGCUGCGCAGAUGGCAGCAGUUGAGAAGGUGAAGAUGUCCGACUUGUUCGGUGGUGCUUACAGAUGGCCGUUGUUCAUUGCGGUUAUGAUGAUGAUGGCACAGCAGUUCAGUGGUAUCAACGUGGCCAUGUUCUUUUCGACGGCCAUCUUCGAGGGUGCUGGACUGGGGGCGAACGCCAUUUACGCGACUCUUGGAAUGGGACUUUGCAAUGUGAUCAUGACGAUGAUUUCGGUUUAUUUGGUGGAUCAUCCCAAAUUCGGACGUCGUUUGCUGUUAUUGAUCGGUUUAGCUGGAAUGAUGGUCACUUCAAUUCUGCUUACAAUCAUGAUUUCUGUUUACAAUGCGAAUACAGUCGAGAAUCAGUGGGCAUCGUAUCCAGCAAUGGUGUUCGUGUUCCUGUUCGUUAUUUCAUUCGCUACCGGACCUGGUUCAAUCCCGUGGUUCUUCGUUUCUGAGCUGUUCGAUUCGGGCGCACGUGGUGCUGCAAACUCGAUUGCUGCCAACGUUAACUGGACAUCAAACUUCAUUGUUGGUACCAGCUGGGAAUUUUUGAAUGUGAGUUUGUUCACUUUCAGAUCCAUUAGCGAUUCUUUUAUACUUCUCAAUUUCACACCAUUCAGUGGGCUCGUCACAUGUUCGCAUUUAACAUUUUCUCAUGGUUUUUUUUUCAGUUUCAGAUACCAAUAG